AUGAAUGAAGCCAAAAUUAUGGCUACUCCCAUGCAUCCAUCCUCUAGUCUAGAUAAAGACGAGACAGGAAAAAAUAUUUCUGAAAAAGAAUAUAGGGGAAUGAUUGGUUCCCUUUUGUAUUUAACUGCUAGUAGACCAGAUAUUGUCUUUGCAGUAGGUUUAUGUGCACGCUUUCAAGCCUCUCCAAGAGAAUCACAUUUAACUGCAGUCAAAAGAAUUUUCAGAUAUCUAGUAGGUACUACUGAUCUUGGCCUUUGGUAUAGCAAAGGGUCCUGUUUUGAUUUAACAGCUUAUUGCGAUGCUGACUAUGCUGGAGACAAGAUAGAAAGAAAGAGCACAAGUGGCACAUGUCAGUUUCUCGGGAAAGCACUAAUCAGCUGGUCAUGUAGAAAGCAAAACACUAUUGCUUUAUCAACUACUGAAGCUGAAUACGUGUCAGCAGCAAAUUGCUGCUCUCAAGUAUUAUGGAUAAGAAAUCAGUUAGAAGAUUUCUCAAUCAGGUAUGAAAACAUUCCAUAUUUUGUGACAAUACGAGUGCAAUAA